AUGCCUUCGGAACAAGGUCACCGCCUCUACGUCAAGGGACGUCACCUUAGCUACCAGCGUAGCAAGCACAGCACCAACCCCAACACCAGUCUGGUCAAGAUUGAGGGCGUUGAUGACUCCAAGGCUGCUUCCUUCUACCUCGGAAAGAAGGUCGCUUUCGUCUACCGGGCCAAGCGUGAGAUCCGUGGCUCCAACAUCCGGGUGAUCUGGGGCAAGGUUACCCGCCCUCACGGCAACUCCGGUGUUGUUCGCGCCAAGUUCCGCACCAACCUCCCCCCCAAGACCUUCGGUGCCACCGUCCGCGUCAUGCUCUACCCCUCCAACAUCUAA